UUAUCCAGGUUUGCACAAAAUUUUGAAGUUUUCCUGUGGGAGAUGUCUUUCAUCAAGUUUACCACAGCUGUGAAGUAUAGCAUGUUCAUCCUGGUUUUCAUGCUAGGAUGCACACCUUCAAACACAUCAUCCUUGAAUGUGACAGUUGGAGGAAUUGCUAAAAUGCCAUGUGGACUCCAAGAUGAGCCAUUAGAGGAUCAAAUUUUGUACCUACAAAAGGGUCAAUUGGUACUGUUUGAACUGAAAUAUGGGACCCCAAUAACAGAACAUUUAAACCCUCAGUACUUGAACCGCACCUGGAAGGACCCAAACAGCUUGUCUGUCUUUUUUAAAGGUAUCCAAAUAAAUGAUGAAGGGGAAUACAAUUGCAUUGUUCUUCACAAGACACGUUCAGGACAUUCUAAAACACAUUCAUCAACCAUCACUUUGAACACCUUCAAAGACUUCAGUGUCCCAGUAAUCAUCAAAAUGACAUCUGAUAGUUAUCUGAACUGUGGAGUUCCCAUCAAUCUCACCUGCAUCUCCAGCCAGGGCUACCCAGAGGACACGUUGUCUUGGGACAUCAAAGCGAAAAAUGCCACCUGGCAAGAUUGUGAGAUAAUUAAAACUGAAGCAGUAAGGGAUCCUCACACCCAGCUGUUCAACCUCACCAGUGUCAUGCAGAUCAGUCUCACGAAAACCCUGACCAUCUGUUGCUCAGUCAGAAACAGCUCAAUUGUAAUGGAAGUGAAAUGCAAUGAUACAGUGCGCAUAGACCCUAUAGUUCCUCCUCCUAGUUCAAGACAUGCCACAGGAACUGGGAUUGCAGUGUGUUUUUUUGUGCUGCUUCUGAUUGGAAUCAUCAUCAGAAAAGUGGUCCAGCAGGAGUAAAAUGAAAUAAGGAAUGAACAAUGAUUUUUCUAAUCAAUAGUCCAUGCUGCUAAGACGUUUACAAUAUUUAAUACAUUUUUCAUGGUGCCAAAAAAUAGUUUGACAAGUAGUUUCUCAAGUUGAAGAGCUUAAAUCUUUCUACCCAGAAUCAGUGAUUGAAAUGAAAUGGGAAUGUUCCACUCUUACGAAAAACAGUCACAUUUGUAAAUAUGCAGUCCUCUUACUAAAAGCCAAAGGAUACAUAGAGUGAAAUAUCAGGAUAUUUUUAAAUAGAAUGUCUGCUGGAAGAUGUUCCUUCUCUGGAAUAACACUCCUUCUGACAACUUCAAACUGAAAGGCUGCCCAUGCUCUGGAUCUACAGAGAUGAUGAAUGUGCCUCCUAUAAAGGACAAUCUUUAUCAAAGACAAGUCAUGGAGCCUUGCAUAACUAGGAGGCUUUUCUGAUUGGACACUGCUUACUACUACCUUCUGGCCUCCAUUUUCUGAACAUUUCCUUACAUUUAUACAGCACUUUUCUGGAAACUCCAUUCAAAGCACUUUGCUGGUAAUGGGGAC